UAUCGUCGAGAGGUGUGCAAAUAAUAACAAAAAAAAUAUUACGUGUAUUACCACCAAAAAUAUUGUUCCAACAUGUCUUAUAUUAAAUUGAACGAAACUAAUAUCUACAUAAAAGAAAUGAAUAGUAACGAAGAGAUGAUUUCUUGGAGUACCAUACUUAUUACAACAUUUGUUACAGCCAUAACUGCAAUCAUUGUCUGUUUAGUAAAUGCACGCUUUCAUCGGAGGCAUCAAAUUCAUGAAUAUGAACAUCACGAUGGAAUUGUGGAAUUUUUACAAGAAGAAAUCGAAUUAGAAUAUGCAAUUCGUUUAGCAAACCAACUGGAUAUUUUUACGGAAGAUGAAGAUGAAGACGACGGUGACGACUUCCCAAUAGAAAAUCUUUAAAAAAAGAUUAUAGUUUAGCCUGUGUAGUAUAAAACAAUUAAUGUUUUUUUUUAUUCGGUUUCAUUUCUCAUCAUAUACUAUAGAUAUGUUUUCAUAUUUAUAAAUUUAUGAUUAAAGAGAUCAUUUUUAAUAUAAUAUACGUAUGAUGAGAAUUGGAAAAUGUAUGUGUAUAAUGUUCAUUUGAAUCCAAUC